AUCUAAAUGAGCUGCCCCCUAUAAAAAAAGGGUGGGCAGGUAGGCCAUUUCAGUCAGGGUUUUUCUUUCUUGUAAGCUAAUGAUCAAAACAACUGACAAACUGUCACGGAACCUGCCAGACAUCACUCUCGCUUUGCCCCUUCUCCCCAGCUCCUGAACUUUUCCUCCUCCUGUCAUGCUCUGAGCCCAUUCUUAGCAAGCUACCAGGUCCUAGACCCUGGUCUGAAGCCAUCCUGAGCCUGUUGAACUCUAUUUCAAGUGCCUGCUUCUGACCCUGGUGUUCUGAUGAUAGAGCUUAAUGGAGGUAUCUUCCAAACCUUCCUCCAACACUGACCCAGGCAACUACAUUGAAGUGAAUGAUUUGAUCACUCAGAUACCCUCUGAAGGGCAGAUACAAGAUAUUACUAAGGAGCUACACUGCCAACUGUGUAAUGAUUGGUUCCAGAAUCCACUGAUGCUAACCUGUGGCCACAACUUCUGCCAGGCCUGUAUUCAAAAAUUUUGGAAGCAGCAAGCAAAGGAAACAUUCUGUCCUGAGUGUAGGAUAACAUGUCAGUAUGGCAACUGUGCAUUCAACCUUGUAUUGGAGAAGCUGGUAGAGAAGAUUAAGGAGCUGCCCCUACUCAAGGGCCAUCCACAGUGCCCAGAACAUGGAGAGAACCUGAAACUGUUCAGUAAACCAGAAGGGAAACUGAUCUGCUUUCAAUGCAAAGAUGCUCGGCUGUCUGUAGGACAGUCUAAAGAAUUUCUGCGGAUCUCUGAUGCUGUCCGUUUCUUCAUGGAGGAGUUUAUUGUCAUUAAGGGUCAACUGGAGGCAACCCUGAAGGAACUUCAGUCCCUGAGGGACAUGCAGAAAGACGCUAUUGUUGCUUACAAGGAAAACAAGCUACAUCUGCAGCAACACAUCUCCUUGGAGUUUCUAAAGCUGCAUCAGUUUCUGCAUGGCAAAGAAAAGGACAUUUUAAAUGAGCUCCGGGAAGACGGGAAAGCCUUGAAUGAGGAGAUGGAGCUCAAUCUGAACCAGCUUCAGGAACAGUGUCUCCUAGUCAAGGAGAUGUUGGUGAGCAUCCAGGCACGGAUGGAAGAGCAAGACUCCUUCAACUUUCUCAAAGAUAUCACAUCUUUCUUGGAUAGCUUGCAGAAAGGAAUAAAGGUGCUGACACCCAGAGAGCUUCUCUCCAGAAAGCUGAACCUGGGCCUGUACAAAGGUCCCAUCCAGUAUAUGAUGUGGAGGGAAAUGGAGUCCAUUCUUUCUCCAGGCUUAUCUCCAUUAACUCUGGACCCUAAAACAGCGCAUCCAAAUUUGGUGCUCUCCAAAUCCCGAACCAGUGUGUGGCAUGGUGACAUUAAGCAGGAAAUGCCUGAUGAUCCAGAGAGGUUUGACUCAAGUGUGGCUGUGCUGGGCUCAAAAGGCUUCACAUCUGGAAAAUGGUACUGGGAAGUAGAAGUAGCAAAGAAGACAAAGUGGACAGUUGGAGUUGUCAGAGAAUCCAUCACUCGGAAAGGCAGCUGUCCUCUAACUCCUGAGCAAGGAUUCUGGCUUUUAAGACUAAGGAACCAAAAUGAUCUAAAGGCUCUGGAUUUGCCUUCUUGCAGUAUGAAACUGACUAAAAACCUCGACAAGGUGGGCAUAUAUCUAGAUCAUGAAGGAGGGCAGGUGUCCUUCUACAAUGCUAAAACCAUGACCCACAUUUACACCUUCAGUAGCACUUUCAAGGAGAAACUUUAUCCCUACUUCUGCCCUUGCCUUAAUGAUGGGGGAGAGAAUAAAGAACCAUUGUGCAUCUUACAUUCACAGUAAUUAGUCAUACUAUACUGUGUAAAUUCAGAGUGUUAUUAAAGAACUACUGAAAUAGUUUA